AAUAUUCUCACGUUUUCCCUUUCCAAUUGAUCCGAAUGUAAUGUUAAACUACUGCAUAGGAACAAUUUCGUUUUUUUUUUUUUUUAACUAAUUUGAAAGCGAGCCUAAAGUUGGAACCGAUACUUUCACGAAUUGCACAUCCCUGUGGAGUUAAUGUCUAGGCUAAGAGGAAUUCAAGUAUCCCUUUUCCUUUUCUCUCGAUUGAGUUCUGAAAAUUCCAACCCUCCCAGUGUACAUGGAACGCAUCAUAUCUUCCACCUACCAGCUAACGCACGUAGCGGCUUUGUGUAGUGUGUUAACCCCACCAUAAGACACUUUUGUAUGUCACCGUGGACAAUACCGACGUCGCUCUGAGAGGUCAGCAUUGGGGGUGCGCAUUAUACUUCAGGGCGCAUUAUACCCGAGAAAUUACGAUCACCCUCAAACAAGCCUUCCAAAUGAGUGACGGGGAGUGUGACUUCUUCUGUUUCUUCCGCUGCUGCUGAGCGCACCCUCCACGUGGCUUAGACACACUGGACGCCAGGGUGUCUCUGGACAGCGAUACGAGCAGAAGAACCAGAGUGAGGCGGAGCUUAUACAAGCCAUUCUAGCCAAUCGGAAGCACAGGGAUCCGACAGGUAGGCGAACUGUCUACCUGUCCGGGUGGCCGAAUCUGUCUACUGGAUGUCUGUGGACAUGAACAGCCAGGCGUCUGACAGUAACGAGGAAGACUUUGGGGUAAACUCUGAAGAAGAGGAGGAUGAGGAUGAUGGAGGAGAAGAGGAGGAUCAAGGGGACAUUGAAACCUACUACGACGGUGUAGCCAGCGAUGUGGAGCAACAGGGUGCUGACUCCUUUGAUCCAGAGGAGUAUCAGUUCACUUGUCUGACGUACAAGGAGAGUCAAAGGGUGCUCACUGAGGAGGUGAACAUUGUGGCUACUGCACUGAAGGUUUUACCGGCCGUAGCAAAGCUGAUCCUCGUGCAUUUUCACUGGCAGGUUUCACAAAUAUUGGACAGGAAUAAGUCCAAUUCAUCAAUGGUGUUGUCAGAUGCUCUGGUACAGCCCAGCAGCAGCUGCAGAGCAUUUAUUGCACCUCAGUCCCUCCAGUGUGGGGUGUGUCUCCAGGUCGUACGGAGAGACUCGCUGCUGGCACUGCCCUGCCAGCACUCUUUCUGCAAAGCAUGCUGGGAGCAGCAUUGCACUGUACUGGUCAAAGAUGGUGUUGGAGUAGGCAUCUCCUGCAUGGCUCAGGAUUGCUCCCUGCAAAUGCCAGAAGAUUUUGUCCUGCCGCUACUCCCAGGAGAGGAGUUGAAGGACAAGUACAGACGCUACCUCUUCAGAGACUAUGUUGAGAGUCACUUCCAAUUGCAACUGUGUCCGGGUGCAGACUGUCCCAUCGUCAUUAAGGUGCAGGAGCCACGGGCACGCAGGGUGCAGUGUAGCCGCUGCAGUGAGGUUUUCUGUUUUAAAUGCCGUCAGCUGUACCACGCACCAACCGACUGUGCAACCAUCCGGAAAUGGCUCACAAAAUGUGCCGACGACUCAGAGACGGCCAACUAUAUCAGCGCACACACUAAAGAUUGUCCCAAGUGCAAUAUCUGCAUUGAAAAGAAUGGAGGGUGCAAUCACAUGCAAUGCUCCAAGUGCAAACAUGACUUCUGCUGGAUGUGUCUUGGUGACUGGAAGACUCAUGGCAGUGAAUACUAUGAGUGCAGCCGCUACAAAGAAAACCCCGAUAUAGUCAACCAGAGCCAGCAGGCACAGGCCAGAGAGGCUCUCAAGAAAUACCUCUUCUACUUUGAGAGGUUGUUUUCAAUAUCUUAUAUGCACCAGUGGGAGAACCACAACAAGUCUCUGCAGCUGGAGGCUCAAACGUACCAGAGGAUCCAGGAGAAGAUCCAGGAGAGAGUGAUGAACAACCUGGGAACCUGGAUUGACUGGCAGUAUCUUCAUAAUGCGGCGAAGCUUCUAGCCAAGUGUCGCUACACACUGCAGUAUACGUAUCCCUAUGCCUAUUACAUGUCUGGCCCACGCAAAAAACUGUUUGAGUACCAGCAGGCUCAGCUGGAGGCAGAGAUUGAAAACUUGUCAUGGAAGGUGGAGCGGGUCGACAGCUAUGAGAGGGCAGUAGUGGGAGGCGAGGUGGAUAUCAGUGCCAGUGAUAGGGGGGAGCUGGAGAAUCAGAUGCACAUUGCUGAGCAGAGGCGACGCACGCUGCUGAAGGAUUUCCAUGACACCUGAAGCGCCAUUUGGACUGGAGAGCACCAGCAGCUCCUUCCUUCCUACCUUAUUUCCUACCUUCCGUUUCUUACUUUUCCUGCGACCCACUCUUCCCACCUUCAGUCACGCGGACAUCCUUUUUCCUAGUCAAUACUUUGUUUUUUCGCUCUCCCCUCAUUCUGUCUCUACACUUAUCUCACUCCUAAAAUGCUGCAGGGUCACAAAAUGGCACGAUUGUAUCCCCCUCUCGUCAUACUCAUCAUGGUCUCAUCGUGUUUUGGGUUCAACAGUUAUCCAAUUAGACUCUUUUUCUCAGAGCACACCAUUGAAGUCAAAUGUGUGUCUCAAAUAUCUCUGUUACUCUCCACCAUCAUACUGGUUACACUUAAAACCAUCACCAAAAACUGACAAAUGGUCAAUUCUAGUCCGAGUUUUCGCAAAGAUUUUGCUACUAAUACUAAGACAACAAGGCCUAGUUGGCACUUUGUGGCAGUUGUAUCUCUCACAUUUACAUAUAAUGUGUACUUGUGUUUUCAGUUAGUUGGCUAAUUUAAUUUAUAAGUACAGUAGUCAAAAGCAUCUGCAUCCUCCUUGCAUAACUUGGACCGAAUGCACCAUUUCCAUGUGCAUGAUGCGUGCUCACAUACAGAAGAUACCGAAGAUGAAUGUGUGUAGGGGUUUCUUUUUUUGUUUCUUUUUUUGUUUGUUUGUUUUUGGCCACAAUAAACACACUUCCAUAUGA